CCCAACUGGUGUAUGUAUACACAACUCAUCUAUCUGCGAUGGUUAUGUAGACUGUGAAGACUAUGGGGACGAACUUGGGUGUAACUCCUGUACAGACAAUGAGAUAGUUUGCAGAUCUGAAGGCCGGUGUGUUCACGUAGACACAUUAUGUGGUGAUUAUGGGAGAUGUCAGGGCGACAAUAUCGCUCUCUGUGGUCCCUGUGGACGCAGAACAAUUGAGCUUUCGCAUCAUGUUCAACCUUUUACACUCAGUUCUCCAAAUUACCCUCGGGAUUACUACAACAACUUGAAGUGUGUUUGGCAAAUAGUGGCACCCCCUGGAUUUCAUGUCUUUGUUACUGCACAAGAGAUUCAGCUUUAUGGUAACGACGAUCCGUUGACAUUUGGCUGGGGUGACACAGUCGCAAAUAAGACAACACAGAUUGGAGCGAGAUUAACCGGUGGUGACCACAAACCAUUGGUUGCAAUGGCAUCAAGGAAUGCGAACAUGUGGAUUUAUUUUGAGGCCGACUAUAUUGGCAAGAAUAGCGGGUUCUCAUUCCACGUAGAGUCACGAAGAAAUGUGAGUUGCGAGGAGAAUCAAAUAACGUGUGGGUCACCGGAUCUGAUUUGCCUGGCAAGACCAUUGAGCAAGUUCUUGGAACUCUACUACUGCGGACUUAGUUCGUGUGGUGAGUUAACAAUCUACCUAACGAAGGAUCACAAAACGUACAACCUAACCUCCCCCUAUUACCCAAGCGACUAUAAACCAGACACGGAUUGUAUAUGGAGUAUACAGUCAGACAACGCCAACGGAUUCAUACAAGUCAAUAUUCUAGAUUUUGAUACUGAAACCAGAUAUGACAAAGUAACUAUCUUUAGUCAAGGUUUAAUCCUUGGUGAUAUAAGUACUACUUCGACUGAUGUAAUACACACGGAAACUGGUGAUGAGUUGGUGAUAUCUGGACCUACGAAGCUAACUUCGAUUCUGACUCGUGGAGAUGAAGCAUACGUCAUGUUUACGUCAGAUUAUUCAGUAACGAGACGUGGAUUUAAGAUGGAAAUCAAGAUGUACGACUCAAUUGACGAUGGGAUAUGUGGACGAGAAGGAGAGUUCCACUGUGACAACACAACAAUCUGUAUAGCAGUAGACGCUGUAUGCGAUGGCUUCGUACAAUGCGGUUAUGGAACGGAUGAAAACCAAUGCUCAUCUGUAAGUUGUCCCGAGUAUUUUCAGUGCAGUCGAAGUGGGCAGUGCUUGCUAUGGGAACAAGUGUGUGAUGGAAAGGAACAGUGCCUACUUAAGGAUGAUGAAAUCAACUGUGAUAAGAAUCGCUGUCCAGUUGAAUGUGAUUGCUGGUAUGAGGAGGGCGACCUCUACGUUGUUUGUCAGACAGGCUGGACGAAGGAAACACUAGACAACAUGGCGGCCACAACUGAUGUUUUGCGACUUUCUGGCAGGAAUAUGAGCAAACUUGAACCGGGAAACUUCAAACGUUUCUUUAGACUUCAUACAUUAUAUCUUACGAACAAUAGCAUUGAGGAGAUAGCACCCUUGUCAUUUGAAGGAUUAAGCAGUUUAUCUUGGCUAAACAUCUCACAGAAUGACCUCUCUGUUUUGCGACAAGACACAUUCAAAGAACUGACUAAUCUGCACGGAAUCGUUAUUCAAGACGUCCCUUUAGGAGCAAUCCAUGAAGCUGCUUUCCGUGGGUUAGAUCAACUCACAACAAUCGUGUUGAUGCGAGGCAAGUUCGGCAGAGACGACCCAAUCACCGUACAACCUGGUGCUAUCCAGAACUUAACGAAGUUACGAACACUGUACGUAGAUGACCAUCGGCUUUGCUGUGAAUUCAAAGGACUGGAGUCUUUUGAUACAGACCAAUGUUACACGACGCAGCAGCAGUCACCUUUAUUCAACUGCGGCAGUCUCAUGCAAAAUACAUUCCUACGAGUGUCCAUGUGGAUCCUAGGUCUUAGCGCCCUCAUCGGUAACAUUGCUGUAGUCGCAUGGCGAUGUCGAAUCGGUAUGACGCAAAGCCUUGGACACGGUACAAAGUACGUCCAUAACUUCCUUGUGCUCAACUUAGCGAUCUCAGACCUCCUAAUGGGUGUUUACAUGGUUACUAUAGCAACUGCUGAUAUACACUAUGGCGAGUUGUACUACACUGUGUCUACCUCAUGGAGGUUGGGACGAGUUUGUAAGUUUGCUGGUAUCGUCUCUGUAUUAUCCAGUGAGGCGAGUGUGUUCUUCGUCACACUCAUUAGUCUUGAUCGAUUUUUCUGUAUAGUUUAUCCCCAUGGCAUCAUUCGUUUGACGCAGUUCACUGCGCGUAUUGCCGUAGCGACCAUCUGGAUGGUUGGUUUCAUACUUAGUAGUUUACCAACAAUACUGGCCGAUGCCGACUCUGAUAUAUACGGUCUAUCAGACGUUUGUAUCGGCUUGCCUCUCAUCACUAAACCCGCUUCGUACGACCUCCAGGAAGGGAGCCUUGAUAACGGUAGGCAUAGUUUCAGAAUCCCAGUCCCGAAAGAUCUCAAACCUGCGUGGACAUACUCCAUCAUCCUCUUCUUAGGUGUUAACUUAAUCUGUUUCUUGAUUAUCACAAUCGCCUAUACAGCCAUCUUCUUCAAGUUCAGAGCAUCACAUCAAAGAAUGAAGGAAUCUAGAGCUAAUAUGACUGGUAAUGAAGAGAUGAAUAUGGCACUACGUAUGGCGGUUAUUGUAGGUACGGACCUCAUGUGUUGGAUGCCUGUUAUUAUUAUGGGGAUACUGUCUCAGACUGGUGCUAUUACUAUUCAGCCCUUCAUGUAUGCUUGGACCGUUGUCUUUAUCCUACCAAUCAAUUCAUCCAUCAAUCCAUAUCUAUAUACAAUAUUCAGUCUUGUUUCUGAUCGUCGCUCAAAAGGUAAAGCUAUAUCAGUUAGUACCGUGUCUUGUUUCUCAAAGUGCUGUAAUGGGGAAGGGACGAAUACUGAGGCAAAGGGUAGCACGAGUUGUAAUUGUGAGAAUGAGUGUCCAACCUGCGAAACACGCUUGUAACAAUCUAUACAGCUACGAGAAAGACUCUGCAUGGGUCGAAACGUAAGGCCAUUAAAAGUCCUCCGCAGCCCAGCCGGUCUGAAGCCAGUAGAACGAAAACAUACUCAGCUAGUAUUAAACUUACUCAUUUUUCCACGCUGCAAGCAAAGACCUGUGAAACCUUAUCUUCAAUGAGGCCCGAUCGACAUGUCCGUGAUUUGUUUUUAAGAUCCCUUACGGAAUUAUUUAAUAGCCCAUUGACAAACAGCAUUUAUUUUGGUUCUAUGGCUUCAGUGAACCUUUCAGAGUUUAUACCAUGUUUUAGACAAAUUUGAGAGCAGCAAAAUAAACUUUACAAGCAAUUUAAACUGCAGUAGCUACGCUUAAGACCUUCUGAGGUUGACGAUUUCAAGUACCUCGGCUCCAUGAUGCAGAGCACAGAGAAAAUUAUCAAAGUCCAUAAGGCGCUUGCAUGGAAAGCCCUCCAUGACAUGAAGAAGAUCUGGACAUCUCAGCUCCCCAAGGGUUUAAAGCUGAGAUUCUUUCAUGCCGCAAUAGAAAUCAUCUUGCUGUAUGGGUGUGAGUCUUUGGAUUCUCAACAAGGCGAUGACCAAAUCCAUCAAUGGUUGCUACACCAGGAUGCUACGGAUGGCACAGAAUGUCUCCUGGAGGGAUCACAUCAUCAAUCUGGAGCUCUAUGGCAACAUCCCCGCACUGAGUGAAAAGAUCGGGGAACGCUGGUUGUGCCUUGCUGGUCACAAUGCCUACGUCUUGCUGGUCACUGUCUACGGCACCCAGAUCUACCCGCCAAUAAAGUCAUCGUGUAGGAGCCCACUCACAGCAGGCGUGGCCCCGGAAGACCCACCAAGGCCAUGUUCAAGACCCUGAUUGAGGGCGCAGGAGUAAACAACAAGGAGGAGCUGAUCAGCUGUAUGCAGGAUAGAGUUGUGUUGCGUGUCAGACAUAGAGCCCGACUCAAACAUGCGGCAACGCGACAACUUGGGUCGACUAAGUGAGUUACUGAGUGAGUGAGCCUACAGUCAAGGACAGUACGACCAUGUGUUGAUGUGACAUUAUUAUUGGCAUACUAUGUCCACGGGUUAAAGACAGUGGACACUAUUGGUUAUUGUCAAAGACCAGUCUUCUCACUUGGUGUAUCUCAAUAUA